GGGAAUGAAGCUCAUCGGCUCUUCACAUGGACUGAGCGGGUAUAUAACUGCAGCACCAGCAUACACACACACACACACACACACACAGAGAGAGAGAGAGAGAGAGCCACAGAAACACUAACAGAGAGAUUAGUGCGCUUCAGUAUCACUCGGUGAAGGAGAUGUGCGUUCAGUCAAAACUCAGCGACUAAUCAGUGAAAUAUACACAAAACCGCGACAUUUCUUUUUUCUGGAUAAACAGAAAAGCACCCUGCUUCAGGAACGGAGAUCAGAAGCAACUUCUAAUAAAGGUGCACCACAAAGCUGCAAAGGAACCUACUAAACCCACACCAGCAUCAAUUUCAACAGGGAAUAGAGAAUGAAGUUUGUGUGGCUGGUGAUUCUGCUCCUGGCAGGCUGCAGUUGGGCUUCCCGCUUCAGUCGCGACUCAACCAAAUUUGCGCUCAGCCACGUUCCCAAUCAAGAGGUAGAGAGCACAGCCUUUAAUGGCUCCAAUGCAGAGAAGGCUGGGUCGAGGAACUCGCCCCAUAUCCCGUUCCCACCUAUGUGCGUUAGACACAGUGAGAUCAAGCACACAUUUAAAUACAUCAACACCGUCAUAUCCUGCAUGAUUUUUGUGGUGGGCAUCAUCGGAAACUCAACACUUCUGCGUAUCAUCUACAAGAACAAGUGCAUGAGGAAUGGGCCGAAUGUGCUUAUUGGCAGUUUAGCUUUAGGAGAUCUUCUCUACAUCCUCAAUGCCAUCCCUAUCAACGUGUUUAAGCUGCUUGCAGAAGACUGGCCUUUCGGUGUGUGCAUCUGCAAGCUCAUGCCGUUCAUCCAGAAAGCCUCAGUGGGCAUCACAGUUCUUAGCUUGUGCGCUCUCAGUAUUGACAGAUAUCAUGCUGUGACCUCAUGGAGCCGGGUGAAGGGGAUGGGGAUUCCAUUAUGGAAAGCUGUGGAAGUAACACUCAUCUGGCUACUGGCAGUGAUCCUAGCAGUGCCUGAGGCUUUGGCCUUUGACAUAAUGGAGACAUUUUACAGAGGCCAGAAACUGCGGGUGUGCUUGCUUCAUCCUGUACAGACCACACAGUUCCUGAAGUUUUAUCAGGAUAUAAAGGACUGGUGGCUGUUUGGCUUUUACUUCUGUUUACCGCUGGCCUGCACUGGUGUCUUCUAUACCCUUAUGUCAUGUGAGAUGCUGAAAAGGAAGAAAGGAAUGCGCAUUGCCCUCAAUGAUCAUAUGAAGCAGCGACGGGAAGUGGCUAAAACUGUCUUCUGCCUCGUGGUAGUCUUCGCUCUCUGCUGGCUGCCCCUGCACCUCAGCCGCAUCCUGAAAAAGACAAUCUACAAUCCGAAUGACCCCAACCGCUGUGAACUCCUAAGCUUCCUUCUUGUGAUGGACUACAUUGGCAUCAACAUGGCCUCCCUCAACUCAUGCAUCAACCCUGUGGCUCUCUACUUUGUCAGCCAGAAGUUCAAAAAUUGUUUCAAGUCAUGCCUCUGUUGCUGGUGCCAGAGGAAGUCUCCAGCCAUAGAGCAGGGUUCAGGAAUCCGCUGGAAAGGGUCAAGUCAUGGCAAUGGUCUGGAUCGGUCCAGCUCGCGGUCUAGUCAGAAGUACAGUUCCUCCUAAUUACUCCAUGAUACCUGAGGUUCCUGGGCUUGGCAGCAACCAGGUUUGCCCUCAGUACCACAUCAUCGAUUCCCAUCAUUCUGGAUGACUCAAACUGCCAUUGAUUCUCAUCAGACUUCCACUUCAAAAUGACAGCGUGGACCAGAACAGCUGACUGGAGUCACCAAAUUGGAUUUCCAACACUAAGAACACAUUUACAGGUUAAAUCACAGACUGGCUGAGCGUUGUAAGCUAUCUGUCACCUGUGGCCCAAGCAGGCUGGAUCCUGGAGGUCUGAAAAUAACACUGCCACUGGAUGGCUCCACUUUAGGGGACUUGAGCGGCUCAUGGAGAGACUGAAAUACUGAGAUUGCACUGAAGUGAGAGUAAAGCACCAUGUGUUGCUGGUGUCCAUCUUUACUUUAGACAAUUGAAGUGUUGCUGAUGGAACAUCACAGAUGAUAUGCAAUAACAAGUCAUAUAAAAAAAAAAGCAAUGUGUAAACACUAUUUGUAACACAGAUAAAUGGCACAAGCUAUACUAUAUUAUAGAAUUUUAGGAAUCUAUAGAGUGAUGAACAUGACUAUGCAAUGAUCAUCUCAUUUAAAUGGCAGUUUAACUGAUUUGCCGAAUUCCAAAGGAAAUGUAUAAACUACUGGAUAUAAACAAGGUACAUAUUUCUGAGUCCUUUCAAAUGUGGAAGUCCAAAGUAAUCACAAGUGAAACCACUACAGUAUUAUUACCUUGAUUUGGAGUAAAAUACUGGCACCUCUUAAGAGAAAAGAUAAAUCACUGAUAA